AGUGGGGAUCACUCACUAGCGCGAAACGGCACGGAACAGACGUUUGUUCGUGAUCGAUCGUUUAGGUUUGAUCUUGAAAUUAAAUUUCACACUGUAGGGUUGUAGUAGCCAUCAUGUUCCCUACACUUGUAAGACUCUUGCUACUUUUCGGUUUGCUUAGUGCAGUGUCACAAACGUAUGGUCAAGAAAGACGUUUGACUUGUGGUAGACGUAGAGUGAAAUCGGUGUACCUCAUCCAUAAUGGCAUCGAUGCUAAGGCAGGCCAUUGGCCAUGGCAUGUGGCUAUAUUCCAUAAAAAGCAAGGCCACAAUGAAUAUGCCUGUGGAGGUGUGAUCGUCGAUGAGAAUACUGUACUCACAGCUGCUCACUGUGUCUACACCACCAAUGGGAAAAUCCCGCUCAACCAGAUCACGGUGAAUGUCGGACAAAUAGAUCUGAAGGAAGAGAGCGAGUACAAACAGACACACAAUUUGUCCGAAAUGAUAGUACAUCCUAGGUACGGUUUAUCGAGCAUUGUCAACGACAUUGCUCUACUAAAGCUGUCCACUAACAUCACGAUGACGAAAUACGUACAGCCCGUAUGUCUGUGGACGAUGGACAGCAAUCAGGAGCUAAUCGUAGGCAGAAACGGAACCGUCGUUGGAUUCGGUUUAAACGAACGCGAUGUUGUAUCGAACCAGCUGAAGCAAGCACUGAUCGGUGUGGUGGAUCCGUUAACAUGUAUCGCAAGCGAUCGUGCUGUGUUCGGAACUCACCUGACGUCGGAUAUGUACUGCGGCAAAGGACAAACCGGUGUGAGUGCCUGCAACGGCGAUAGUGGUGGUGGUAUGUUUUUCGAAGUCGGUGGCAAAUGGUUCGUACGUGGCUUGGUGUCGUUUACACCGCUGCGUGGUAAUACCGGCCUAUGCGAUCCGCUGAAGUACACCGCUUACACCGAUGUGGCAAAACAUUUCGAAUGGAUUGUACGGUACGUGGACAAUCGUGUACUAUCGUUUGAGAACGACGUGCUGGAUAUAGAUUAUGAUGAAAAGUUGCGGCUGUUUAAUUUUGGCACAUGCGGUGUCACGGCAUCCUCCACGCAGCUGAACGAUGGAAGUAGUUGGACAUUACCGUGGGUUGGGUUUGUCAUCAUGUCACGCGAGUCGAACAGUGUGCAGAACACAAGGUGCGUGGUAACGCUAAUAAGUGAUUGGUACGCCAUUGGUCCUGCACAUUGUUUCGAUAAUGAUGGUGUUGAACGCUGGAUUCUACUUGGAGGUACAUCCGAAUCGUCAUCUUCCAGCACGCAAGUUUUACAAAUCGAACGAAUAAUCACACAUCCAAAAUAUAACAGCAAUAGCUUUGCUGAUAAUAUCGUACUGAUUGAGUUACUAAACGCAGCCAAUACGACCGUGCCGAAUGUAAGACCCAUCUGCAUACCUGCUACACCAGAGCUCCGUACGAAUAAGUUGAUCAAUUUGUCGGUCGCAUCCUUCUCAACGCAUUCCAACUCGUACGGCGGCCAUCCGGUACGUCUCGCAAACACGGACCACUGUAAGGCACAGUAUGCUGAUUUGGGGUUUACAAUAAGCUGGAACAAUAAGCGAUUCUGUGCCGAAAUAGUACCCAAGGAUGGACCAAAGUGUAACUCACUGCGAAGUGGUGCACCACUGCAAGAGUUACGAACGUUUGGUAGUGCCGAGCGCUACUUUCUGCGUGGCUUUGAAAUGUUUGGUUUGGCUUGUGCGACAGAAACGCCGCCCGUGUACAACAACUUGGAUGAAUAUCUGGACUGGUUGCUGUACAACAUGCAGUACAAUAUGCGCGAAAAUGCCGCUCCUAUUAUACGUUCAGCUGUUAACGCAUCGACGGCUCAAACGCUGGAGACGGAAUGGGUUCAGUUACAGCAACAGCCCGGGAAGGAAAAUUUGCGCCUGUUCAACAUGAAUACCUGUGGCUUAAUGGCAACACGCUACGAAAACUUGGGUAAAGUUACCAUCUUACCAUGGGUUGGUUUUUUCCAAGGUGCGGAAAAUGUGACGGAUGAAGCAUCUACGACGAGAAGCUUGGCGGUGCUGAUAAGCGAAUGGUACGCACUGGUUCCGAGACGUAGCGUACAGGACAAUAUAUCUUGGCGAUUGCUCAUACUGGGGAAAUAUAAUCCAGAUGAUCCUACCAACUGCUUAACAAGCAAAUGCGAAUUAACGCAUCAAUUUGUGGAAAUCCGGAACGUUAUUCUUCCACCGAGAGAUUAUCCCAGGCAAAUGGUUGCGUUGCUAGAACUGCUAACUCCAGCGAAUCUAACCAUUCCGUACAUCAGACCGAUCUGUUUACCGUUCAUGGAGCAGCUGCACCGACGGAAACCGACCGAAGUCGUAGUAGGGGCGAACCGAUCGUUUAACAUCGUUAGCAAAAAGCUCACGAUGAUCGACUAUCUGAACUGCCAGCAACGGUUGCUGCUGCAAAAUUACUACGUCACCUUUGACGGUGACUUUCCGUGCGCGAUUGAGGCGGAAAAGUUAAGACAAAUACCUUUACCGUCUGCCUUGGGUAGCCCGUACGGUACAUCGGUACGGUUCGGUGGACGUACGCGCUACUUUCUUUACGGAAUGGAUACGAAUGAAGAAACUUUUUUGUCUGAAGUUAUGUACGGUCCGUACCUGUUUGGGACAAUUGAGACGGCAGAUCUUGAUUGGGUUUUGAAAAAUAUGCAGUUUCACGAACACAACACAUCGUUCCCUAGUGUGACGGAUAACGUCGACCUUGGGAGCGUUAGUUUAGCACCGUUACAAACCGCAACGUCCAAGCGAAAUUUGUUUAAUUUUAACACCUGCGGUAUAAACAAUCUACUGAGCGUAACAGCCUAUACGUAUCCUAAUCCGUGGAUAGGGAAUGUCUUUUCAAAUGCACCAUUUUUCAAUCUAAGCCGAUGCUCCGUAACGCUCAUCAGCGAAUGGUACGCCGUUGGACCAGCAUACUGUUUUGUGGAUCCUAAGCAAGAACAUGUGAUACUAUUCGGUGUUAGUGGUGAAAGGAACUUCAGUGAAAUUGUCCAUUGUGCUGAAGCUAAUAUGACUACCGAUUGUGAGUUUCCGACACAACGAAUUUUAGUACAGAACAUCACCUUCCAUCCAGCGUACGAUCGUGCGAGCUAUAGAAACGAUAUCGCUUUGAUAAAGCUAGCCAGAGCCGUCGAUACAUCACAACCAAAUGUAAGGCCUAUCUGCCUUCCUAUUUUGGACGAAAUCCGCAGCUACAACAGAUCCAGUCUGGCGGUGGGUUCUUCAGUGUCCAGCACUUCCAACAGUAGAAUUACGGCAGUAGGAAACCGAUACAUCAAUCCGGCUGAAUGUCACAAACGCUGGAAGGGUUUGGCAGUAAGCUUUGCCGUUGGGGAAUCGAACAUUUGUGUGAUCACCAAACUAAGAGAUGAUGAUGACUGCAUCAGUAUCGCUACCGGAAGUUCGAUGCAUACGGUUCAAGAGCUGGAUUGGCGUGAAAGACACUUUCUACGAGGUUUUGAUUUGUUCCUACCAAGAGGUUGUAGUUUAUACUACCCUGCUGUAUACCUCAGCACAGAUGAUUAUUUGAGUUGGAUAUUGGAAAACAUGGAUGACGAUCAUCAACCUCGAUCGGAUGCUCGAUUCGAUUUGCGCAAAGAGCUUGUUUUUACUGAUUAAUAUUUUGCUGAUUUUUUGCCCCAUUUUAGUCAUACACUAUGCAUAUGCAACGCGCACCGUUCACUCUUGCAAGGGCAGACAAAGUAGUAUGGGGAAAGCACUUCAACGUAAUCUUAGUGCGCACCCUUCAGUUUCCUCCCCCCUUUUGCACACUUUCCACACCUUCUCUCGUCACUGCUUCAAUCUGAUGCAGUGCAAAAAAAAACCCCGUACCGCUGCUGCAUUUGCACUAGAUGGCAUUUUAAACUGCAGUCUUAUCGUGUUUGAAAUGGUCUCGCCAACUACAGCGUUUGCAAAAGUGCCCAUCGCUGCCAAGUCGCUGCGUUUGCGUUGCGCCUCCAAGGUUCGAAUAUGCAUCGCGAAAUUGUACCCGCGCGAUAGUUUACGUGGGUGAGAAAAAAGAAGCUUCAAAUCCCAAAACACCAAACCGAAGCGGCAAACUAUAGCAGGCAGCAUAAAAGUUUCCCGGGUGCGUAGUUUCGAGACCACUGCAAACCAUUGCCGAUUGGGACGCUGUAUGCAAAUUAUUCCCCCCCAAACACGCAGCAGCAGGGGUUUUCUCUUAUUUGAUUGUUUUAUAAUUAUGAAUGUUAUAAUUAUGUUACGUUUAAUAUAAAAAAAAUAAUUUCUGGUUAUUAACAAAACAAAAAUGCAAUUUAUGAAAUGCAUUUAUAGUGCAUCAAGUGCAUUCAUUCCCUUAUCAUCGUAGGGCCUCGCCGGAACCGAUGAACUAUCGACGCUGAUAAGGCAGUUUGUGACGGGUGGCUAUUUAUAGAAUGAAUCAGGUAAUCAAGUGACGCAUGAAUGUCUUUCUUUUCAUAUUACACCUGUUUCCAGCUACGUUCAAAUAUCGUGCCAUCUGCCUCAAACCGCAUGCCGUCUGCUUCAAAUCCCGUGCCAUCACCUUCAAAAGCGUGCCACUACGGUCAAAUCGUGUGCCACUACGUUCAAAAUUGACAGCUCGAGCUGAAGGCAUUGCCGUACCAAAACAAAACAAACACUUUUACUAAAUGAUUCGCAAACAUUGCAUUGUUUUUAAUCGGUUUUCGAUAGCUAAACGAAUAAACUAUGGAUUAAUUGCAUUUUGACUCUAUUUUUCAUCAAACGGGUAAAAAAUAGGCAAAUUGUUAACAAACAACAAACAUGCAUCCAAGCAGCUGUCAAAUUCGAACGUAGUGGCACACGAUUUGACCGUAGUGGCACGCUUUUGAAGGUAAUGGCACGGGAUUUGAAGCAAACGGCAUGCGGUUUGAGGCAGAUGGCACGAUAUUUGAACGUAGCUGGAAACAGGUGUAAGAUGCACUACAGUCAGGUACGAGUUUCAGCACUACUAUCAUUUAGAAAUUACGAUAUUAUUAUCACUUUUGAAUUUCUCUCUCGCUCUCUCUCACACACACGCACUCUCUUCUUGGGAUAACGAUCUCUAAGAUCAUGUCGGCCAUUUUUUUGGGCUUACAAUUUUUUUGAGAAAUUUUGUAAAAAAAAUAAAAUUGAUUUAUUUUAAUGCCAA